AAGACCUGGCGGUGAAUUUCCAUUGGGCUUCACACUUAUUGGCUUCGUUCUAUGACAUAAAUUGAAGCCCAAGAUGGCCACUGUGCUGCCAGGCUGCGGCGGAUGCCGGGCGGAUAUCAGGAUAGGUCUAGACGGGCGAGAGGAACUAAUUAGAUAUAUUACCGAAACUCGUUUGGACCUGGUUAUUGGGAUUGUGGGUCAGUACCUAGAAUGCUUUGAUAGCAAGUCACGUUUCAAGUUACUGAAUUACAUUUGCGUAAGUAAGUUACCAACCCCGGAGGAGAAUGACGAUGACUACGACGAAGAUGAAGAUAUUCCCGCUACAAAGCCGCAACCGUCCGGUCGAAAGGCCCGACGUAGUAACGCUACCCCGAAGCAAAAACUCGUCGACGACUCGAAGCCCAUUACACCGAAGCCGAUCGCUCCAAAGCCGAAGCAAGUCGCAUCCAAGCUAGAACGAUUCGAAGUGCCCCCGGGUUACUUCAAGACGGCCGCCGGUACAUUCAAGGAUGAAAUUACGAAGAAGGUCUAUGACAUCCCACCAGGCUUCGCGCUGACACAAGACGGUCUAUUCGUUGAGGACUCGGGAGAGGAAGAGUAG